AACUCAUAUUUUGUCCAAUCAUUAUCGUUUACUAUCUUCUCUCUUUGUUGGUUCAAGUGAACACACAUAACACUUUUCGUGUCUCUGAUUUUUCAAUUUGAUCAUCACACAACAAAUUCUUAGAUUAUUAUCUACAAGAUUUGUGAGGGGCCAACAAUGACGACAUCUCUGCUACUCCCAUCGCCUUCUUGUGCUUCGUUACUGAGCAAAGGGACUAAUAGACUUUGCACUCCUGCUUCAUUUCACACACUUAAAUCCCAUGUUAAGGGCUUCAGAGUGAGAGCCCUUAGAGAGAAAACAGAGGAAAUUGAAAGCCCUUCGCCUGAGGAAGUUACAAAGAAGUAUGGCCUUGAAGCUGGUCUUUGGAAGAUUUUCAGCUCCAAAGAGGAAGGAAAUGUUGAGGGCAAUUCUGACCAACAGAAAUCGAAGGGUGAUCAAGCCAAGGAAUUGCUUGCAAAAUAUGGAGGAGCAUACUUGGCAACCUCCAUUACUCUGUCAUUGAUCUCUUUCGCACUUUGUUAUGCAUUGAUCAGCGCUGGAAUUGAUGUCCAAAGUUUACUGCAGAAGGUUGGAAUCUCAACUGACGCGACUGGCGAAAAAGUUGGUACCUUUGCUUUGGCAUAUGCUGCACAUAAAGCUGCAUCUCCUAUUAGGUUUCCACCCACAGUAGCUCUUACCCCAAUUGUGGCUGGUUGGAUUGGAAAGAAGGUGGAGAAAGAUAAUUAGCUUGUAGUCAUACCUUCAGAUGCCAAACAGUGUUCCCCUGUAAUGUGCUUCUACAUUGUAUCUUCAUUUCCAUUGCCAUUUGGACAUGUUUUCCAUACUUGGGCAUGUACAUCCUUAUUACAUAACGAAAAUGAAAAUGGUUUAAUUAAAAAAUAAAAAAAAACCUAUUCGCCAAGUGUA